AUGUUUACCUUCGCUCUUCUCCUUCUCUGCGUUCAGGGCUGCCUGAUCAAAAAUGCGUACGGUCAGUGCUGUGGCUGUGGAUGCGGUGGUGGUUACGGUUGCGGUUGCUAUGGCGGCGAGGGCGAAGGUAAUGUGAACGUCUGCGGUGAGCUGCCCGUGUGUGGUGAAACCUGUGUCUGUGGCCGCGUGCCCGUCUGCGGUGCUGUUUGCUUCAGGGGCCCAGCCUGUGCUAGAGGUUGUGUCUCCAUUUGCGGACGUUGCGUUCCCACAUGCUGUUGCGGAUGCGGCUGUGGAGGCUGCGGUGGAUGCGGAUGCGGCUGUGGAGGUUACGGAGGAUGCGGAUGCGGACGUAGAUGCUGUUGCUGCUAA